AUGCCAACCACCAAAGCAUCAGUUAGUAGCAACAAGGCAAAAACAUGGAAGAUUAAAAUUGUUGCUGCCAAACAAAAACUGGCAAAGAAGACUAGAAAGACCGCUUUUAAAAAUAGAAUGGAAGUAAAGGAGAAUUCUAAAAAACAUAAAUUAACUGUAAAAAAGCCAAGAUGUCCAAAAUCUAAAGUUAACACUGAUGGGGAAUCAAAAGUAAAGAGUGUGGUGUCAGCUGAUGACAAAAUGGUGCUGGAAACCCAAAACAGUAAUGUAAAACCAGAAAGAAAGAAAACAAAAAAGAAAAAUGUAUGUAAAAAACUUUUCCUUUGUGAGCAUUGUGCUACAUACUUUAAAAGGAGUCAUGAUUUGGACAUGCAUAUUAAAAGGAUUCAUAGUUCUAAAGAGUGCAACAAAUGUCAAAAGGUCUUUUCCAGUUUCCGACUUCUAACAGAACAUUUAAAAUUUGUUCAUGGUGUUGAGCCCGUGAAGUUAUACACCAAACAUUGCACAGAAUGUGAUAGGUUAUUUGAUUCUAACACAGAGUUGUCAGAACAUAUGUCAACACACACUGGUGAGAACUUACAUACAUGCAAAGAUUGUAACAAGAAAAUCAGCACCAAAUCUGCAUUCAAGUUUCACAUGAAGAUUUGUCAAAAUGCAGAUAGUUUGAAAAACUUUGAAUGUGAAAUUUGCCAAAAGAAAUUUUAUUUUAAUAGUGAUUUACAGAGGCAUAACUUGACACAUUCUGGAGCAAGGCCACAUAGUUGUGAUUUUUGUGGUAUGAAAUUUAAACUUCGAGGAGCUUUAGUAGAGCAUGUUAAAUCCUUACACGAAAACUCAAAAUAUCCUUGUGAGACCUGCGGUAAAAUAUUUUCAGCAAUGAGAAACCUUAAGCGUCACACUGUAACACACAAGUCUGAUUUUGAAGCAAAUAAGCCUUUAUGUCCAGAGUGUGGAAAGUCUUUCAGAUUUAAAAGUGAUCUUGAAAAACACAUGAAAAUACAUACUGGAGAAAGAGCAUUUGAAUGCAAAACUUGUCAGAAGUCUUUCCGCUUGAAUUCACAUCUAAAACAACACAUGGUUACACAUACUGGAGAAAAACCUUUCAAAUCCUGUUCUGACUAUGAUGAUAGUGGAAUAAUUAAAAAGAAGAAAAAAAUAGUUGUCAUGGAAACAGAAAAUGAGAUUUCUGACAGUAAUGGUGAAGACAAAACUGUAAGCAAUAAACCAGUGCAUUUAGUACAAAUUGAUGGUUGUAAGAGUGUAAUUGUGGAGGAAUUGGAUACCAGUAGGGAUGAUACAAUAUCUGCCUCCAAAAAUGAAAUGAAUAAUGAAAGAGAUAAGUUUAGUGGUGAUGAUAUCUCAGAUGGAAACAUUGACAAUACUUCAUUUGACAAGGCAGACGAUUCUAACCAUGGUAACACCAAACAAACAUCUAAAUACCAUAGAUCAAAUGCAGCAAAAUGCAUGGAAAGCAACACCAAUUCUGCAGUAAAUCAAGAAGGUUAUAUAAAGAAUGAUAUUUAUGAACAGUUAAUGAAAAGUUGUCAAGAUAAGCUAAAAUCUGGGGAAGUAUUUCCAUUCACAGAUCCUUCUGUAGAUUAUGAAAAAGAUGACGAUAUUGAUAGUGAUUUGGUUGAAUCAGUUCCUUUGUCAGAUAGUAUGAUGGAGACAGAUUCUGUAGUGUAUGUUGCAGAAAAAAUUGAUUCCAGUGAGAACACUUAUCCUGUCAUUUAA